AAAAACCAACCCUGCGAGAUCGGAAAUUCUCAAAUAAACAUUUCAGAAACACCUUUCCAUUUUCGUCUCGUUUCAACAUAAAGCAAUCGCGCAGUGCCCACGCGCUCUCUCUCUCUCUUUGUCUUUGACUCGCUUCAACUUCACGAUCUUCUCUCGUCACACUUCGAAGGUUAAACGACGACGUUCACUUUCGUCUUCUCCGAUCAGAUUUUGUUUUUUUUGGUGAGAAGUGAAUGUUGAAUGACAUGGAAAAUGAAAGAAGGAAUAAUAAUAAGAACGAGGAUUCAAGAAUGCGAGGGUUUAGGCCUAGUUUGAGAGGAAUGAUGCUUGUGGUUGCGGUGAUAUGGAUUGGUGUAGCUGCUUUGUAUGGUUUAUUGAAGCCCAUAUCAAAUGGUUGUAUUAUGACCUAUAUGUAUCCUACUUAUAUCCCGAUUUCCACCACGGAGGGUGUGUCAUCUGCGAAAUAUGGAUUGUAUUUGUACCAUGAAGGUUGGAAAAAGAUUGACUUUACAGAACACUUAAAGAAGCUGAAUGGAAUUCCCGUUCUUUUUAUUCCGGGCAAUGGUGGUAGCUACAAACAGGCAAGGUCUUUGGCAGCUGAAUGUGAUAGAGCUUAUCAAGGAGGUCCUCUUGAACGUACAUUCUAUAGAGAAGCUUAUCUAGCUUAUAAGGAGGGAGGGAAUGCGGAAAUUGCUGACAUUCAAUUACCGAAUCAAUAUGCUAACAGGCUAGACUGGUUUGCUGUGGAUCUUGAAGGUGAACAUUCUGCAAUGGAUGGUCGGAUACUCGAAGAGCACACUGAAUAUGUAGUAUAUGCUAUACACAGGAUUUUGGACCAAUACAAAGAAUCCCAUGAUGCCCGGGAAAGUGAUGGUGCUGCAACAACUGGUAGCUUGCCUAGAAGUGUCAUAUUGAUUGGCCACUCAAUGGGUGGUUUUGUUGCUAGAGCUGCAACAAUCCACCCCCGUCUCAGGAGAUCAGCUGUUGAGACUAUUCUGACUCUUUCAAGCCCUCACCAAUCACCUCCUCUGGCUUUGCAACCAUCCCUGGGUGACUAUUAUAAAAGUAUAAAUCAAGAAUGGAGAAAGGGAUAUGAGGUUCAAACAACUCGGACAGGGCGUUAUGUAUCUGGCCCAAAACUAUCUAAUGUUGUCGUUGUUUCCGUUUCUGGUGGUUUUAAUGAUUAUCAAGUUCGCUCAAAAUUAGAAUCCCUUGAUGGUAUUGUUCCUCCCACUCAUGGAUUUAUGAUGAGCAGUACAAGCAUGAAAAAUGUAUGGCUAUCCAUGGAACAUCAAACUAUUUUAUGGUGUAAUCAACUCGUUGUGCAAGUUUCACAUACCCUGCUUAGUUUGGUAGACUCCAGAACAGGUCAGCCUUUUCCUGAUACUCAAAAAAGACUCGCCAUAUUCACAAAGAUGCUUCAUAGUGGAAUACCACAAAGUUUCAAUUGGAAGAUGCAACCUCAGUCACCUUGGUCAGCUCAUGUUCUUGCUAAGGACGUAAAAGACACUGCUGUUUCACAAGUGCAUACCUUGUCUGACUGUCCUAGCAGUUUUCACUGGAAUGAUGAUAUCCUUGAGAGGGAUUUGUAUAUUCAGACAACCACUGUUACCAUAUUGGCCAUGGAUGGGAGAAGGCGGUGGUUGGACAUACAGAAAUUGGGGUCAAAUGGAAAAAGCCACUUCAUAUUUGUGACGAACCUUGCCCCUUGUUCUGGAGUCCGAAUUCAUCUAUGGCCCCAAAAAGGGAAAUCUUCUUCAGACUUGCCUGCCGGUAAAAGGGUUCUGGAAGUGACGUCAAAGAUGGUUCAAAUUCCUGCAGGACCAGCACCACGGCAGGUUGAGCCUGGAAGUCAGACUGAGCAAGCACCUCCAUCUGCUGUACUUCAUUUGGGUCCUGAGGAAAUGCAUGGCUUCAGAUUCCUAACUAUCUCAGUUGCACCUCGUCCGACUAUUUCAGGCAGGCCUCCACCAGCCACUUCCAUGGCAGUUGGGCAGUUCUUUAAUCCAGAUGAAGGGGAAAUAGACUUUACUCCUGUAUCGAUGCUUCUAUCAAUACACUCCCAUAAGGAUAUCUUCUUGAAGGAGGACCACCCCCUUGCUUUCAAUCUGUCAUUUGCAAUUAGUUUAGGCCUUUUGCCUGUUACUUUUUCUUUGAAAACUGCAGGCUGUGGAAUAAAAGAUUCUGGACUUCUUGAUGAAGCUGGUGAUAAUGGAAACACUAAGCUGUGCAAACUGCGCUGUUUUCCACCUGUAGCACUUGCUUGGGAUCCUACAUCAGGUCUUCAUGUAUUUCCUAAUUUGUACAGUGAGACUCUUGUUGUUGAUUCUUCCCCAGCACUUCGGACUUCUACUGGGGCAGAGAAAACUACUGUUUUUUUACUGCUUGACCCUCAUUGUGCAUAUAAGGCAAGCAUAGCUGUUUCUGUAACCUCUGCGGCUAGCAGAUUUUGGCUUCUAUAUUUUUCACAGAUAGCUGGCUUCUGUGUUGCUGUUGUAUUUUUUGCUCUGAUGCGACAAGCACAUGCAAGGCCGAUUCCUUCUAUACUGAAAGCUGUGGAGUCCAAUUUAAGAAUGCCAUUCCCGUUUUUGCCUUUUGUUGCUGUCCCCAUUUUGCUUUCCUUGUCCUUUUCCUUUCUAGUAUCUCAACCAUUUCCUCCAUUCUCUAGCUUCACCAUUGUGUUGAUAAUUUGCUACCUAUUGGCGAAUGGGAUUGUUAUUCUACUGAUAUUGGUAUCCCAGUUGGUCUUCUACGUGGCUGCAUAUUUACAUGUUUUCAUAAAAACAAGGUGGCAACUAUGGGAAGGAAACUUUGGCUUUUUGUUUCUUCACUGGUUUAUGAAUCUUUCUUCGAGGUUCUUUUCAUUGAAGGUUGUAAGGAUUCUAAGAGCCAAUCCGUUAUUUGUUCCAAUAUCUGCGGCAAUUGUUUUGUCUAUGUUCGUACAUCCCGCACUUGGCCUAUUCAUACUGCUCUUAUAUCAUGCUUUGUGUUGUCAUAGUUCGCUGUGCAAUUCUUUGACAGCCUCAUUGCGCAGCCAUGCACGAAAAAAGGAAUCCGAUUACAAAACUGAAGGCAAUUAUUUGUCUCAGCAACUCAAAGCCAAACCCGGUUCCCCUUCAAAAGAAAACAGCUCAAGUUAUAUUCAGACACAAGAAGAUAUCUUCCACCUUCGGCAUGGCUUACUGGUGCUGCAUAUUUUGGCUACACUAAUGUUUGUUCCCUCUCUGGUGUCUUGGUUGCAGAGAAUAGGGAUGCAUCAGAGCUUCCCAAGGUUCCUAGAUUCGUUCCUUUGCAUUUGUUUGAUUCUUCACGGUAUCUUCAGUUCGGAGUCAUUGUUAAAUUCCGAAGUGCCCCUUCCACGCAUCAUGGGUAAGGAAGUGAGACUGAAUUUGAUCUACCUAAUUACCGGAAUUUACUCCUAUCUCUCUGGUAUGGAACUGGCACCCUAUAAAGUAUUGUACGCCAUGGGUGCCAUCGGGAUCAUUUCCUUUGCAUUGAGUAUCUUACAAGCAUGGACAGGAGCAACUCGGUUUGGAAGACGAAGGCAUUGGCACAGACACUAAAAUUGAACUCACAUUUCGAAAACUUACUAAACACCAUUAACGCUACAUGAGCUGACAUUGUCGAGUCCUCAAAAAUGGAGUUACAGGUACAUCCAAUCCCUCAUCCAUUUUGCAAAUGAGCUUUUGGCGGGGAAGAAGGGACUCUUUUGUUGUAAUAUUAAAACGGCAGGGCCCUAUUUUUUGUGACUGCCAUGAUCAAACCUAGUUUUGGCAUUUCAAUUUGAGCAAAGAGAAGAGGUGAGAGAUUGGAUUUUCUAGCCUUUAUUAUUAUUAUUUUUUUUUUUUUUUUCAUAUUGAAAUUGGCUGUUUUGUUUUGGGGGUUUGACCCUUCCCAGAUUUUUAUUUAUUUUAUUUUUGUCUUUGUUUUAUAAGAGAGAUCUUUUAGAAGUUACUUUUAAAAGUUAUUAUAUAAAAAAUUAUAUACGUCUAAA